UAAAAGCUGCAUGAUUCAUACCGGUGGUUUUUAACAACCUGGCAACCUUGAUUCCAGCAGGCCGUCAGUCGCUUCCUGCGCUUCAGAGGGAACACACAGCUCCGACAAAAUGGCUGGUCACAGAUUGGUCCUUGUAUUAGGUGACCUGCACAUUCCUCACAGAUGCAACACUCUACCAGCAAAGUUUAAGAAGCUGCUGGUGCCUGGUAAGAUACAACACAUCCUGUGUACAGGUAACCUCUGUACGAAGGAGAGCUAUGACUACCUGAAGACCCUGGCUGGAGAUGUCCACAUCGUCAGAGGAGACUUUGAUGAGAAUCUGAACUACCCCGAGCAGAAGGUCGUAACUGUGGGCCAGUUUAAGAUUGGUCUGAUCCAUGGGCACCAGGUGAUCCCAUGGGGUGACAUGGCCAGCCUCGCCCUUCUCCAGAGGCAGCUGGAUGUGGAUAUUCUCAUCUCAGGCCACACACACAAGUUCGAGGCCUUCGAGAACGAGAACAAAUUUUACAUCAACCCCGGUUCAGCCACAGGCGCUUACAACGCACUGGAGAGCAACAUCAUACCGUCCUUUGUUCUGAUGGACAUACAGGCAUCUACGGUCGUCACGUACGUUUACCAGCUCAUCGGCGAUGACGUCAAAGUCGAGAGAAUCGAAUACAAGAAGUCAUAAAGACCGUCAAAGGAAAUCGGUUGCCUUCUUCUAAGCUGUGUUUCGUCUCGUUCCUUCCUCGACCACAGUCUCGGCUUAUUGCAGAUGCUGUACAUUAUAGAUAUUUUACAGAAGUAUACACCAUUGUUUAUAUGUCAUCAGCGGUUGCUCGUGUUCUGUUUCUCAGCAGGAUGUAAUAAUAAAUGCAACAAUGUCGUAUGAUUUGCAUAAUGUUAGUGACUAAUCACGCAAAUGUUUUAUGUCAGAUAUGUCAUAUUGACUCAUCAACGCUAUUAUUAUCAAUUCCAAGGGCCUGAUACAACUAUGUGAGAUUUCAUAUAAUAAAAGAAAAAAAUGACAA